AUGUUUAAAUUUUAUGUAAUUGAAUUGUUAGAAAAUGACAGGAUAUCUUUAAUGAUAUUAGAUGAGGACUAGAAGAGUAAAUUUUUAUAUUUCAGUCCCUUUUCUGAUGAGAAAACAUCAUUUGUGAAACAUAUUUCUGAUACUAAAAAAGAGCAAUUAAAAGAGGAAAUUAAAAUGUUGGAGAGCAGUUUUCUUUUUAUGUAAGAGACCGCCAAAGAUAAAUCUAUUUCUAAAAUGAUUUAAUUGUAAAAAAAAUUCAAUGCUUAAUAUUUUAACCUAACUAUGAAUGGCCGUACUAUCUAGAAAGUUUUAAUAAAUCAAUAGUAUAUGGCAUUAAAGAAAUUAUAAGCAAAAUAAAAACAAGAGAACAAAAAUGCACAGUAAAAAGAAGAAAACUCAAAACAUCAAAAUAUACAAAAUAACCAACCUAAUGAUGAGGAAAUUUAUAAAUCAAAUGUGGCUAUACUUAUAUAUUAAGGGGAAUCAAGGGAUGAUCUUGAUGAUGCAAUAUCUUACUUCAAUAAACACUAAUUAGUUCCAAUUAUAUUAAUUAAUAGUAAACAACUUUUCUAAUAGUUGUUUAAUAAAACUUAUAUUUAUAAAGCUUACAAGAAAUAGUUUAAUAAAUAUUCAUCUUCCAAAGAGCAUUCCUUUUUUUUAGAAGAGACCUUUGAAAAUAAAGCAAUUGCAUAUUAUUUUGCCUUGUUUAAGUAACCUGAUACAUUGCAAUUAAUUCGAUGGAUAUAUGUAGGAAUAUUGAGUUUCAUUGAUCCAGAAUAUGUUGUGAUAUUAAAGAGCAACUUUAAAUUUGAUUUUCCAGUAACAAAUUUUUUUUCUCUAUUUUGUAAAGAACAAGCGAUAUUUGGUAUUUAAUGGUACGAAAAAUUACAAAUUGAAGAUGAAAACCUGAACCAUUUAUCCUAUUAUCUAGAUAUUCCUUAAAGUAUUAUUGAUUAUCAUUCUAUUUUUAAAAUAAAGUAAUUUCAUAAUCCUCUAUAAUGCAUUUAUAAAUGGAGCCUUAUUUCAAAUUUGAUUCCAGAAUAUUACUCACUAUUAUAAGAAUCCUAACAAAAGAAUUUUGGAGCACUGGAACUAAAUUCAAUUUUACCUAAGUUAAUGUUAGCACAACCAUAAUAAUUAGAUUUGCUUAUCUUAAGGGAGCCAAUCAUCAUUUAACGUCUUAAUAAAUUUUCAGAAAUUAAGUUAAUAGAAUAGUUUAUUGAGACAAGAUAAAAUAUUCAAGAUUAAAUGCAAAACCAUCAAUUAAUCACUUCUGAUUGGAAAAUCUAAUUUAAUAUUCUUUGUUAAAAUAUUUUCUGCAAAUUUCAAUACAUCUAAGGAUAUUUUGCAAUUUCAGUUUGUAAAAUUUAUUAAUAAUUUAAUUAGGUUUUUUUUUUGCUUUUUAUAGUCCCUACCAGCUGAUCUAUAACCUUUUGGAAUAAUCUUCUUUUUAUGCUGUUUUAGCAUUACCAAUCCCUUUGUGUUAUUCUUUCAAUGUUUUUGUAUAUAUUCUAAUUUCUAUUAUAUACAACUCCUAAGAUAAAAUACAAAUUAGAAAUAAAGCUCAAAGAAUUUCUUACAAUUUGAGGUAUGAUAAAUCUCAUUCAAUCGAGUUGGAAUCAUUCCAUGAGAAAGUCGAUAUACAUUGUUAAGAGACAUUUUAAUUGGAAAAAGACAACGUUUAUUUUGAAUUUGAAUAUGAAGAAAAAGGUGAUACAAUUUUGGAAUUGGAACUUGAAAAACCCAUUUUUAUGAAGGAUAAAAAUCAUGAAUGUUAAUUGGAGGCUCCCUUACCUUAUCUUUUUGAAGUUAAUAAAUUAUUUAUAGGAUUAAUUGGCUUUUAAAAAAUACUAGAUUUUGCUGUAUUUUUAUUUACUUUUUUCAAUCUAAUAUUGUCAUAUGGAAAACAGCUUUGGGAAUACUCAGUGAUUUAUUAAAGUAUAAUAUUGUUCUUUGUAAUUUUUGUAAUUUUUAUAGAAUGGGUUUAAAAACGUGGUAAUUUAUUAAUAUACACUUUUAAUUUUUCAUUUUUGACUUAUUUUUGGUAAAUUUAGAAUUACAACAGCAAAAAAUAUUUACCAUAAAUUUAAGUAGGAAGGAAAAAGUAGUUGGCUUAAUUAUUGUUGACUAAUUCAAUUGCUUUAUAUUUUUUUAUUGCCAUUGAGUCUUAUUAUAAUUAUUCAGGAUAUAUAUUUUUAGGAAUUUUAGGAUACUUGUUUAUCAUUUCUACCUUAUCUGGAAUUUAAUACUUCCUAUUUUAGAAAAACUCUCAAUAAAAAAUUUAAUUAAACAAUGCAUACUAAAUUAAUGAAAAUAAACAGCCAAGACACCAAGUUGCAGUUUAAUUUAAUAAGUUAAAUAUAAACAAUUAUAUAGAAAUAGCUAGAAUAUUUAUAACAUUAAAUGAAUAAAAAAAUGAAAUAUAUAAGGCAAUAAAAAAUUUUAAUGAACAUGAAUCUUAAGACUCUUAGAAGGAUAAUAUCAAAUAGAAUUAAAUAUAGUAAUAAUAACCUCAUAAUUAUUAAUUUUAACAAUAUGCGCCCUCAAAUAUGGAUAGAUAGUCUUAGAAAUCGAAUAUUGAAAAUCAAAAUAAUCUACAAAAUUAUGAAAAAAAUAAUAAGAAUAUCAAAAACUGA